UUCAAGACUGACACAGAUUUGGUUGACUGACUUCUGACACUCAACAAUGCAGGCCAAGCCACAAAAGUUUGAAACGUUAUCUUUACGCACGGGGCUGGCUGUGAGAGGACUCGAGGGUGACAGCAGCUGCGCGCCCAUGGAUCAGGCUACAAGUGUUAGUUUCUCUGGAUCCCCGAGGAAAGUCAUUUGAAGAGUUCAGGAGGAGACAAAAAACAGCCUCGCUGCAGUGCCAAAGGAAAUCCAUUAGUUUCUCUACACUGGAUUUACCAGAUCUCCGAGGGUUUGCAACUGGAAUAUCAGUCAAACUUAUAAAUUCAUAUAUUUUCUGACUUUUUUUUUUUUUUUUUUUUUUAGUAGUAUCCAUUUGGUUUUUGUGCAUCUCCUGAAUAACCGGAGUCACUUUUGGAGAAUUACGCACGCGAUUUCGCUAACAAAUGACAGCCUCUAAGUUGUUUGCGGCUCCUGCAUUGCAUCCCCUCUGCUCCCUUCAUCGGACCGACCCAGCUUAUCACCCCCCUCACCAGCUUAGACGCGGGGAGUAAAAGCCUCUCAGUCUCUUCCAGUGCGCCAGCGUGCGGCCGCGGGCCACCUGGCCGAGAAUGUGGGGAGGAGGUUUCCCGAUGUCUGUCACCGCGAUUGUGACUCUGCUGUUGGUCAUUAUUGACGUGAAAGCGAGCGGGGAGUUUUGCCACGGCUGGCGGGACUCCCAGGGUGCCUGGAAAGAGGGCUUUCAGUGCCCGGAGAAGAUAGACGGAGUGGACGCGAUAAUCUGCUGCGGGAAAUGCGAGCUGCGCUACUGCUGCUCCAGCACGGAUGCGCGGCUUGAUCAGGGGAGCUGCGAUAACGACCGGCAGUCACCGGAGCCCGGGACAAACAACAAGGAAAACAAGGACUCCGGUGCAGUUCCCAUCUACGUGCCAUUCCUCAUCGUGGGCUCAGUGUUCGUGGCUUUCAUCGUGGUGGGCUCUGUGGUCGCUGUGUGCUGCUGCCGGUGUCUCCGACCCAAGCAGGAACUGUCCUCCGGAGGCACGACAGGAGGUGGGGCCGGCGGUGGUGGGCGCCUCCUGGAAACCAUCCCUAUGAUGGCGAGCACCUCCAGGGGUUCCUCAUCCCGCCAGUCCAGCACAGCCACCUCAUCCAGCUCGUCCGCUCCAGCCGCUGUCCCCCGCACUGCCCCUCCUCCAGUCAUGCGGGCUCAGGCCUCCUGCUGCCUGCCCCCUGAUGCCAGCGUCUUUGUCAACAUGCCCACCAACUUCUCCGUACUCAACUGUCAGCAGGCCACCCAAAUCAUGCCUCACCAGGGACAGUUCCUGCAUCCGCAGUACAUCGGCUAUGCCCACCCCGUGUCCUCUACCGCAGCCUACUUGGACCCCACUCAGGGGGGCUACAGACCCCUCCAGUCACCCUGCCCUCCUCCCACUGCUGGCUCCAGUGUCACCAGUGAUCAGAAACACCCUCCAGUGACAGUGUGACGAGGGCCCAACCAGCAGACCACUCUACCACUUUAUUUUCAAAGAUUAACUUGUGAAGUUUAACCUGUGAGGGCUGCGGCAGACAGACCUUUGGGCACACUGCCAGAGUGGGGGGGAGGGGGGAGGGGGGUUUAAAAAAAAAAAAAAAGAAGGCAGGGAGUCAGACUCACAUGAAGGACUCAUAAAGCUGUUCCUGGUAGCUGGACCUGCCCUGUAACUGUGUGUGGUUUGUGUCUGUUUUGUAUGAAAGGUGGAACGAGCUAGCGUAAGGCAGAUGCAUAAAUAUCCUCUCACUGGAUGCAACGACAAAACUGCAUCUCGGAGGGUUGUGCAGCCCUGAUGAGUAAUAAUGCACAGUUCACUGCAGCCCGGAGAUCAAGUAAAGGCUGCAUGUGUUUGUGUUUGCAUGGAUGUGUGUGAGAAAAAGAUUUGCAGGCUUAUAUGUACAGGAAUGAGCGAUGACUGGAUGAUUUAUAGCAGCGGACUGUAUGAAAAAUGGACAUUCAAGCAAAAACAAUAUAUGACCACAUGCUGUGUUUAUGCCAUGCGCACAUCUGUGCUUGUGAAUGAUUGUGAGUGGUUUAUAUAAUACAGUAUAUUUUUGUUUUGCGCUGAAAGUAUGAGGAAAGAAAGCAUGUGGAUAGAUGUUUGUACUGUUCGUGUGCGAGUCCGAGAGAGUGUGAAGUGUGGAGGGAUGCGGUGGCCUCGUGAGUAACUGUGAGUGUAACUGUGUGUAAUGGGAAAUGCAGGUGGUGUGAUGUGAAAGGCAGUCGCGAUCUCCCUGUAGGCCAUUUAAAAUCUAAUGAAGUGAGCACAGGACACAGACUGUGACGCUCCACCCUACUAUCCAACCCCCCCGCCUGCCACCCAGAAAGCAAAAAAAAGAAACAAAGAAAUACAAAAACCCCAGAAACACAUUCAGAAAUUCCCCCCAAAUUAGAUCUAUUCACAAGGCAGGCCGUUAAUGUUCCUUGGAUGUGUGAGUGUGCGACAGAGAAGUUCUCUGAGCAUUACAGUUAAUUAUACAGCAAAAAAACAAAAAACCCCAAAAUGCCAGCUGCCCCCUUCACUUCUCUCCCGCGAGGUGUGUGUGUGUGUGUACUUCACACCACCACAGUUCAGUGCAUUAGCACGGGCAGCUCCGGGGCAGCUCUGAGUCAUUAUUUUCCACUUAGGAAGGGCAAGGAAGUGGCCGCUUUGGUUGUUAAUCUGUAAAAAUAAGCGAAAGUUGCUGAAUUUUCUGCCGCUCUGUCUAGCGGUGUAAAGCUGUGCCACUGUAACCGAGGAACGUGCAGCUCGAGGAAUGUGCUGCUCCACCGAGCGUGCAGCCCGACAUGUCCUUUAGUACCGAAACUGGUUUGCUUGCGCACCUCAUCUGUACUCCAAGCACAAUGUCUGUAAGAUUCAUUGGGGAACUUAUGUGACGUGUGGGGGGGAAUAAUAGUAAGAGAGUAUGUGAAAUUGUGGAAUUAUUUUAGAUCGAAUGCAUUUGCUCCACCUGAAAUACAGUGAUUUAAUGCAGGAGAGACACUUUUUCAUAUGAAACUGAAAAAAUAAACAUAUUUUAAAACUAAAAAAAUAGGCUUGCUGUGAGUUUCUUAAUAACCAGAAAGGUGAGUGAUACUCAAAGCACAGACACACACUUGGAAACAAAGCCCUGGUUAACAAAAACAAAUAUAACUGGUCGACUGGGUUGUUUUAAUCUCCUUAAAACACUCACGCACUUAAACUACUAGAAACACAUUCACAGACUGGUCUACCUCCCACAGAGGACGUCACCCGACACACACACACACACACACACAGGAGAAAUAAUAAACCACAACAAUGGACAGUUUAAGAAUAUGAUGAUGUGAAAGUGCAGUUUUGGCAAGCUCCUCAAGAAACUCAGCUACAGUAAUGUGGAAAGCAUAUCGUCCCGUUGGAGAGUCACUGGGGAGGAGUUGAAAAGCAUAAAGCAGCACCCCGAUGGAUUCUCCAUACUGUAGCAGCUGUAGUUUUUCGGGCUGGGCCACAUCCAGGAAGGUGGGUGGGAAAGGGAUCUCCAGUUGGGGAGGGUGGUGGUGGUGAAUUAAUCGGCUAAUGGUCUGUCUACAGUCACUCCCUUGGGAUUAAAGAAGGAGCGUGGGAGAGGUUUGAUUUGGCCAAUUUAUAAAAUGCUAAGCUUUUAAUGUUCGCAUUGACAUUUUCUAUAUUUUCUUUUCCUUUCCAUCCUCUGUGUGAAAUGUAAACCAAGACUCCUCCAGCUUCCCGGGAGCUACAGUUGGACUCAAAAACCCCUCGCUUUGAUUGCAAGAGCACACAACGCGCAGCCAAAACACAAAGACAUUUAGUCAGGCCAUGGAUUGAUUAGAUUUAAUGAUUAGGACAACCCCUCUCGCCCAUCCCCUUUCAGUUUUGCAUUCCUGAACCAGAGUGUCCUCAACACAGAGCUCACAGACAAUGGACUCUACAUUCAGACAAACCCCAAAGCUACAAAAAAAAAAACAACAA